GUAGAAAGGACAGGGUGCAGAUUGCCUUUUGACAAGACAAACGCCAAGAUGGCCUUCCGCGAGUGGCAUUUCCACACGUAUUUCCACGCAGAGAACCCGGAAGAGCUGGCCAAGGUCGUCGCCCUCCGCAACGCGCUCGUCGCCAACCUCGAGAGCAAGGACCGCCGCUUCGUGGCCGUGCCGCUGCACCACUAUGUCGGUAACAACACGACCGAGCCGCAGGUGCGCGUCAAGCCCACGCAUGGUCUCAACCUCGUACCCGUGGGCCCGCACCCGAUCGGCUCCUUUGAGACGUGGGCGCCCGUCGAGCACUUUGCCGAGGUCUACUCGUGGUUCGUCGCCAACCGCAAUGGCCUCAGUGUCUUUAUGCACCCGUUGACGCGCGAGGAGGUCCGCGACCACACGGAGCGCGCGGCGUGGAUGGGGACGCCGCUCGUUCUCGAUGUGAGCACGCUCGAGACGCAGCUCGCCGAGCCCGCGUCGCAGUACCCGUUCUUUCAACUUGGCUACGCCACCGAGUAACACUAUUACCUCUUGUCGGAAAUAACUACGUACAUGCUUUGUUGUCCGUGG